GAGAGACCGGAUAUAGUGAAUGCGGGGUCCGGGGAGAGCGGAUAUAGCGAAUGCGGGGUCCGGGGUGAGCGGGUAUAGUGAAUGCGGGGUCCGGGGAGAGCGGAUAUAGUGAAUGCGGGGUCCGGGGAGAGCGGAUAUAGUGAAUGCGGGGUCCGGGGAGAGCGGAUAUAGUGAAUGCGGGGUCCGGGGAGAGCGGAUAUAGUGAAUGCGGGGUCCGGGAGAGCGGAUAUAGUGAAUGCGGGGUCAGGGGAGAGCGGAUAUAUGAAUGCGGGGUCCGGGGAGAGCGGAUAUAGUGAAUGCGGGGUCCGGGGAGAGCGGAUAUAGUGAAUGCGGGGUCCGGGGAG